UUUUUAUUUUUAUUUUUAUUUUUUCACUCUCAAUUUCUAUUUUCUUAAACCAUCAAAUUUGAUUGGAUGUCCGCAUCUGGGUUUUCUUGAAAAUCUUUCUUUUUGCAUGUAUGUUCUGAAGGGUCUUCAUUUUCUGAUCUGAAUCGAGUUCGAGACUUUAGCCAGAAGUCAACAUUUUGUGGAUUUGUAUCUAAUCCUGAUCCUUUUUGAGUAAAGAUUCGUUUCUGUGGAUGCUUUUGGAAUAAACAUUAACUAUGCAGCCUGAUCAGAGGAAAAAGGCAUCAGAUGUUGAAUUCUUCACGGAAUACGGUGAAGGUAGCCGUUAUAGAAUUGAGGAGGUAAUUGGCAAAGGCAGCUACGGUGUUGUGUGCUCGGCAUAUGACACUCAUCUUGGUGAAAAAGUCGCGAUCAAGAAAAUAAACGAUAUUUUCGAGCACGUUUCGGAUGCCACGCGGAUUUUGCGCGAGAUUAAGCUUCUCAGGCUCCUCCGCCACCCGGACAUUGUCGAGAUCAAGCAUAUCUUGCUGCCACCUUCUAGAAGAGAGUUCAAAGACAUAUACGUCGUUUUUGAACUAAUGGAAUCUGAUCUUCAUCAGGUUAUCAAGGCAAAUGAUGACUUGACGCCAGAGCACUAUCAGUUCUUUCUUUAUCAGCUUCUGAGAGGCAUGAAAUACAUACAUACAGCUAACGUAUUUCAUCGAGAUCUGAAACCGAAAAAUAUCCUGGCAAAUGCCGACUGCAAGCUUAAAGUUUGUGAUUUCGGGCUUGCAAGAGUGGCCUUCAAUGAUACUCCUACUGCAAUAUUUUGGACAGAUUAUGUUGCAACAAGGUGGUACAGAGCUCCCGAGUUGUGUGGUUCAUUUUUCUCUAAGUAUACACCUGCCAUUGACAUAUGGAGUAUUGGCUGCAUAUUUGCCGAACUUUUGACGGGAAAACCUUUAUUUCCUGGGAAAAAUGUGGUUCAUCAGUUAGAUCUGAUGACUGAUCUGUUGGGCACUCCACCUCCUGAAACCAUUGCAAGGAUAAGAAACGAAAAGGCAAGAAGAUACUUAAGCAGCAUGAGGAGGAAGAAAGCAAUUCCUUUGUCCCUCAAAUUCCCAAAUGCUGACCCUUUGGCCCUUCGCUUGUUAGAAAGAAUGCUCGCUUUUGACCCGAAGGACAGACCUACUGCUGAAGAGGCUCUUGCAGAUCCAUACUUCCGGAACUUGGCUAGGGUUGAGAGAGAACCUUCCGCACAACCGGUGACUAAGAUGGAAUUUGAGUUUGAAAGGAGAAGGAUCACAAAAGAGGAUGUUAGAGAGUUGAUUUAUCGAGAGAUUCUUGAAUAUCACCCGAAGAUGUUGAAAGAGCAUUUAGAGGGAGCUGAACCCACAAGUUUUAUGUAUCCGAGUGCUGUCGACAAGUUCAAGAAGCAAUUUGCAUUUCUUGAAGAGCAUUUCAGAAACGGAGGAGCUGCUCCACUUGAGAGACAACAUUCUUCAGGUUCCGCAAGGCCCGGAAAAAUCAUCGGCCCAAUGUUACGCUACAACAAUAGUGGGCCACCACCGGACAAGACAACAACCGAAGAGCGAAAAACGCUGAGAAACCCUAAUAUUCCAUCUCAAUACAUUGUUCCCAGCUCUUCCUACCCAAGAAAGCAUACAGAAUGCAAGAUAGAUGGCAAUGAAGGCAUGCAUGAAGGCCCAAAUGGGCUUCAGCCCAAGCCCGAUCUUUACAUGGCAAGAAAAGUUGCCGCAGCCCAGAGUGGGCCCGGGAACCAUUGGAUCGAAGUUUUGAAGAUGAAGUGGGAGUUUGAAGGGAAUGAUGAGCGGACCAGAUUCGAUGACGGGAUUGAUAUGACGUUCUUGCCCCUGAUCGAUUGA